GUAGCAAGGGUUUAACUUUUAUCGACAGCAAACAGUAGGUAGAUUUGAGAAACAUCUUGCUGAAUGUCGACAGUGGGUUGAAGAACUGGAGCAGUUGAUCAUGUUAGAUUCUUCUAAUAGAAAUUCUUUCAAUUCCAAUGCAUCACUCUUGCAGUCACUUCCACAAGUCAUGUCAAAUGUGCAUGACUUUUUUGUUCAUGUUGCAGCAAAGGUAGAGAGCAUCCAUCAAUACAUCGAAUCUAUGAAAACGGCAUACCUUAUUGAUCAACGACGACGAGGAGAUGCUGGUGAUCCUUUUCUUGAAGCUGACCGACGGGAAACCGCCAAGCAAGAGGCUGCUGCUAGAAGGGUUCAUCCAACCUUACAUUUGCCCGCACCGCCAAAACCACCAACUCAUGUUACUGGGUUGCAGUCCAGCUCAGCCAUGCCCGGAUCAUCUACUGCACCACAAACAUCUGCUGUCAUUUCAAAUAAUUCGGCUGCAAGUGGGUCCUCACUUUUUAGUACCCCUGCAAUUGCCACCUCAUCAUCUUCUCUUUUUUCUACACCCACCACUUCUGCUCCGACAGCCUCAUUGUUCGGGUCUGGUGCUUCCCCACAGACAACACUAUUUGGCCCUUCGUCCACCUCUACACCAGCAUUCUCUAAUCCUUUGUUUGGCUCAACCCCAUCUUCUGCAGUUACAAAUUUUUCAAACCCUUUUGCAUCAGGAGCUGCAGUAGGAUCAGGGUCAAGCUUUGGAACUUUAUCUAAAACAAGAGCUAAAAGUCGCACAGGAAGACGCUAAAUGAUAUAAGUGUGGAUGAUAAGUCCACCCUACAUUCGCUUCCAAUGUGAGCUGUUGCUAGUAAAUCUAUAUACUUCUGUCCAAGACUUCAGUGAUCUUCUUCACUGUUCAUUCCUUGGAUGUGCUGAACUUCUUGCAGGGGAUCUAACGUGCAGCCACAGAACCAUUUCCCAACUUCGUUUGUAUUUCUUUGGGCUUCACUACUCACAGAGUCACAGUUACUUAUCAUUGGUAUCAGAGCCUCCUUCCUGGAGCCUGAAUCGAUCGUCAGUUUCAACGACAGUUGAAGAAGAAGAUGGACAAUAGCGACAGUCAGUGGAAGGAGUUGCGCUAUAUGCUGUGCAAACUUCGUCACCGUCAGAGGCGACAUAGAGACAGAGCUAGGAGUCCACCUAGACACCGUCGGCCAAUCGAAAAUCAGGUGUUUCCGUCCGUCGCUCCUCCUAGUUCGCAAUCGCGAACUGCUUCGCGUAGUUCGCAGACACCUUCGCUAGCGCAGGUCUCUUCACAGUCGCUAGCUGAUUCUACCGGUCCGCAGAUGUCUUCGCAAGCCUCUUCAGCUUCGUCGCGAACAGCAUCUUCCAGUCAACAAGUUUCUUCGCAAAUAGAUCUCCCUUGUUCGCAGGUCUCUUCAUCUACUAUCAUCUCGAAUCAAAGUGUGAGGCUAUCAGAAGGAGACUCCAAAUUUCUGCGAAAUCCCUAUGUGAACCCUAGUAUCACUCCAGACAGAGGAGACACCAUCAGUUCGCAGACUUCAUCCUACCCUAGCAGUUCACUUCAAGGCACGAUGCGAUUGGAAGGAGAAGCCUCCACGUCGCCGUUGAUGUACGUGUCACAAGAGUCAGGCAAUCCGCAGAAAACUCUCUCUGAAGAGGAAACUGAGGAAAUGGAAGAGGAUGAAUCAAAGUCUGAGAAAAAGGAGGACAAAAUUGAAAUGCAAAAUCAAAAUAAUUCCUCUGAGGGGUUUGAUAGUUUGAGCUAUAUUCACUGCUAUAAUUCUGAUCUUAUGAAAGUAGCUAACAAUAGUGAUGCUGAAAAAGUACUGCACCACUAUCAUUUCACAGAAGACGAAUUAGAGGUCUCUGGUUGUCUUGGUAUGGAUUAUAAUCAGCACUUUGGUGGUGGUGUGAUGUACUGGAAUCAUUUUGACCCUAUUCAACAGUUCUUAACUAUGGGGACCACAGAUGGUAUGCUGAAAGCAGUUGGAGGGAACAACAUGGAAGGUCCUAUGGUAUGGGAGCUGGAGAACAGAAACUUAUCUUCUAUAUUAAAAAGGAAGUCAAACCUACCCACAUUCUCUGCUAUUUAUGGCAUUCAUUACACGUUUAGGGAGAUGAACGAUGACGAUAUUCAACCCACAGGACGUCCACCAGAUAAUCCGGAAGGGGCAAAAAAUGUUGAGGCCGAUGCCAGCUCACUUUCAACUCAUGCUUUGCUCGAAGGGACAGUUGCUGAAGCUGCAGAGAAAAAUUUCAGGAAAUACAGCAUAAAGUGGUGGGAAGUUGGGCCAGAGAUGCAGUUGCUAGAAGAUCUUUACCUCUGCAACAUUGUGGAGUAGGAUGCAACAAAGUCCUUGCCUCUGCUCUUUCUUGCUAUGCUCUUUCUGGCUAUUGAAGGAGUGAUGAUGAAGGUUCAAAUCAGGAAGGUAUGGGUCCAGAAAGCAGUGAAGUACUGGGAAGGGAGAGGUGCAAGAAUGAAGGUGAACCUAAAGAUCAAGGCUGUUUAAUAUCACCCACCUUGAGGACAAGGUGGUUGUCCAACGGGGGAGAUAUGUUAGGAUAAUGGGCUUACGAGAAUAAUAAUAAUUAAGUGUGAUAGUGUAAUAGAGGGUCCUGGGCCUGGUAGUAGUUGGCCUUGACUGGCCCAUUAGAAAUAGAAUAAAUAAGGGUGAGUGGUGAGUAGAUGAGGAGGCAGAACUUGGGAUCAGGACUGGGAUAUUGGGAGUGAGAGAC